CUCGCUCUUUCUAGCUCUCGCAGAUCGUCGCUCUUAUCCAGUCUCUCUCUGCAAGAUUAAAUUUUGCCCUGAUUUCUAAGCCAUGGAUGUUCGAACCGUGGAAACUCCUUCAGAAAACUGUAAUUUCUUCGCUCCUAGUUAUGAUUUGAAUCCUUCGUUGCCAUUUGUUUCAGUUAAAACCCCCCUGGAGGAUUCAACUUCUCGCUCAGAACAUACUCAAGAGACUGAAACCAGCCAAAUUCUAGAGACUGAAACUAGCGAAUCAGGCAUAGAUAAAGAAAAAGUUGAGAGAAGUUCCAAUUUUACUGAUGAGAAUAGCUUGUCAAAUGGAAUACAAGAAACUUCUCCAGACCAGGGGCAGACCCUUCCUAUAUUGAAGAAAAUAAUUGAUUUGAGCACCAAAGUGCAGGAACUGAAGAAAGAGUACAGUGUCCUAUCUGAUCAAGUGAAGCUUACUACAGAUUCCUUCCCUGGCCUUGAAGUUCUCAACACUCUUGGGCUUCUCAGUACUGAAUAUGAACUUUUAAAGAAAAAGUAUGUUGAAGAGUCAUCUGAACGCAAGAGGCUCUACAAUGAAGUAAUUGAGCUUAAAGGCAAUAUCAGGGUCUUUUGCAGAUGUAGACCUUUAAACCAAACUGAAAUUACAAAUGGGUGUGCUCCUGUUGUUGAAUUUGACUCAACUUUAGAUAAUGAGCUUCAGGUCGUUUGCUCUGAUUCUUCAAAAAAACAAUUUAAGUUUGACCAUAUCUUUAGGCCUGAAGACAACCAAGAGGCUGUUUUCGCUCAAACUAAGCCUAUCGCAACUUCGGUGUUGGACGGGUAUAAUGUCUGCAUAUUUGCCUAUGGACAAACCGGAACUGGGAAGACAUUUACGAUGGAGGGCACACCUGAAAAUAGAGGAGUUAACUACAGGACUCUAGCGGAGUUGUUUCGGAUUUCUGAAGAGAGAGGUGGAAUUAUUAGAUAUGGAUUGUUUGUGAGCAUGUUAGAAGUUUACAACGAGAAGAUACGGGACCUACUGGUUGAAAACUCCAAUCAACCAGCAAAGAAGUUGGAGAUAAAGCAAGCAGCAGAGGGAACACAGGAAGUCCCAGGACUAGUUGAAGCUCGUGUUUAUGGUACUGAGGAUGUUUGGGAGCUGCUGAAGUCUGGAAGCCGAGUCAGAUCGGUUGGCUCCACCAAUGCUAAUGAGCUCAGCAGUCGUUCUCACUGCUUGUUAAGAGUGACGGUCAAAGGGGAAAAUUUAAUAAAUGGACACUGCACAAAAAGUCAUCUUUGGCUGGUAGACUUGGCUGGUAGUGAGCGUGUGGGGAGAACUGAAGUUGAAGGUGAAAGAUUGAAGGAAUCUCAGUUCAUUAACAAAUCUCUCUCAGCGCUUGGGGAUGUUAUUUCUGCCCUUGCAUCGAAAACGGCUCACAUUCCUUACAGGAACUCCAAGCUUACUCAUAUUCUGCAGAGCUCUCUAGGGGGAGAUUGCAAGACCCUGAUGUUUGUCCAGAUCAGCCCUGAUGUAGCUGAUCUGGGAGAAACUCUUUGUUCCCUGAAUUUUGCCAGUCGAGUCCGAGGAAUUGAGAGUGGAGCUGCUCGCAAACAGGUGGACUUUAACGAGCUCUUCAAGUACAAGCAAAUGGCAGAAAAGCUCAAGCACGAUGAGAAGGAGACAAAGAAAUUGCAGGAUAACUUGCAGUCUUUGCAGUUGAGGCUUUCUGCUAGAGAACAUAUCUGCAGGAAUCUUCAAGAGAAGGUUCGAGACCUUGAGAACCAACUGGCAGAGGAAAGGAAAACCCGACUAAAGCAGGAAGCUAGAGCUUUUUCUGCCGCUUCUGCUCAGCCCUCAGCAUUGCCAUCUUUAAAACAAGCAGCACAGAAGUCUAUAACACAGAAAAAGCCACCCUUGGGGCCUUCAAAGCUGAGGUUGCCACUUCGAAGAAUUACCAAUUUCCUGCCGCAGCCAUCUCCCAUACAGCCUAAAAAGACCAGCAAAACCACUUCUAUCAUCCCAGCGUCAGGAGGAGGCAAAGAAAACAUUUAUACAACAACAAUGGCAGCAACGAACGCUAAAGGCCUUAUGAAACCGAGACGGUUCUCUGUUGCCGUGAGACCACCUCCUCCUCUUUCAUCAACAACAACAGCAACUCAGGUUCUUCAGCCUAGGAGACGAGUCUCCAUUGCCACCCUCCGCCCAGAACCCAGCUCUCAGAUGUCAACGCCACUCCACACCUCCACCUCGCGAUUCAAAAAUGAUAGCGCAAUGGGCCGGCAGUCAUUUGUGAGGGACCCACGGAAGGCAAGGUAUUCAAGGUUGUUUUCUCCAUUGCCAGAGUCGAGGAGUAGGGCAGCAGAGACAACACCAACCGCCAUGAGGGGCAGCAGCAAGUUCAUGGGAAGUCCCCCAACACAGGCCGGUUCAUCCAAAUUGAGACAUGCAACAGUUGUUGCACUACAACGGAAGGCAUUAGUGUGGAGUCCGCUCAAGUUGAGAAGCUUGAAGAAUAACAGGAAGCCCUGAUUGUUGCCUUCUUGAUCCUCCACUGAUAUUCAAUGUAAUCCUCCACACAUUACAUACUGAAAACACCCUGAAAUCACGAACCCUUUCCCUUUCCCAUUAUCUUUUUCCAUUUUCUUUUGGGAUGUAUGCUUCUAUGUAUCUCCCCCUAUUGCUCACUUAGCGUGCAAGUGUUUGUGUACCUAAUCAAAAUCUUGCAGGAGUUUCUCAGUUGAAAGAAAAUUCAGAAGCAUGAAUAGAUAUAUUGUGGCA